CAAUAGUACAUUGUUGUCUAUAGGCAGAACUCUGUAGAGUGUAUUAGCGUGCGGAGAAGCCUUGCUGUCUUCUCGUCUCAAGCCGGGCUCAACCACGCAUGGCGCCAGCACUGGAGCUUCACCAAGCGCACAGAAUGUACCGCAACCAAGGCAAACGGGACUCCGAGGCUUACCCGCCUUCGUCCCGGGAGCUUGUAUUAAAACUACAGGGGGAAGGCUCUAUAUCCUCGCCGAUCCCAUCCUCGGUCCCUCGGCGGGCCUGCACUGGGUGCGCACACUCCUGCCUAUCACGGCAGCGGCAUUACAGAGAGGCACUUUUGAAGAAGGCUGCCCAACCACUGGGAUGCGUCUGUAAGUCUGACACGCUUUGUCACAAGAGGAGUAAGUCGUCAAUGAAUAGCAGCGCUAGAGCAGCACCUUCAGUAUUUUUUGCAGCUGCCGCGACAUUUGUUUGCUGUUGCUCCCUCGCAUCAGCCACAUAUACAUCGGAAUCAUCUUCAUUCUUCUACCCUUCCUUGCCUUCUUCCGCCUUGGCGGCAUUCCUCCCUUCCUCUCUCCCACCUGCCGCUCCUCGACGGCGCCGCAGGGUGCUCUCUUCUUCCUCCUCGCCUUCUGCUUUCUCCAAUUCCGUCUUUGCUAGGCAAUCUGCAGCCUCACAGCGCACAGGCAGUUUGGAGAUGAUCAGCAGCAUGUUCAGAUGGCGGGGCGGGAAGAACGAAGACGAAGAAGAAGUGCUGGUUAAUAUUGAGUCCCCGUCGGCCAAUGUGCGGCGCAUCUCCUCCUCAAUCGUGGUCAACAGGCCCCUGUCCGACGUAUGGAAAAUUCUUACGGAUUACAACAACCUCUCGGAGUACGUCCCUAACCUGACCCAGUCGCGGCUUGUCGCCACUCCGCCAGGGUGGGAGGCGCGAGGAAAGAACAAGGAGGUUCGCCUUUUCCAAGAGGGGGCUCAGACCAUUGUGGGUUUCAACUUCAAGGUGCGCUACGCCAAGAUCCGGCGGUGUCACACAGAGUAG